GGUUGUGUGGCUGUGAAAGGCAGUCGUCACCGCGGGCUGCGGCAAGGGAACUGGAUCCGUACACAGCAUACACAACGUACGUGCACUACACAUUUCUUCAUCCACAACGUCUUGCAUGGCUCCCUGGCACAGGACAGCCGCUUUCAUAUGGUCAACGCUCGCUUUUCUGCUUUAUUUUGGUUACACGUCUGCUGCUGAUCCAGAACAUGCCAUAAGCUACUUCAACAAUGCACCAACCCGGUUGUUCUUUUUCGACGAUACCGCUAAUGUGAUAUACCACGAUGCCAUCUUCGGGGACAUACAUGUUUCUCAGGACGAAGGCAAGACCUGGAAACGCGCAGAUGACAUACCAGCUGGCGAUGCUGCAAUGUUUAUUGAGCACCCAUUCGACAAUCGCGUGGCAUUUGUAUUGACAAAUUCUUACACACAUUACCGCACAGACAACCGCGGAAAGUCAUGGCGCACGUUCGACGUCCCUGAGCUAAUAUCCUACGUCCAAAAUCCACUCUCAUUCCAUUCAGAUUCCACAAAGUGGGAGUACACUCUCUUCCAGGCUACCAAAUGUGACGAAAUUCCCUGGGGAGAACGAUGUCGAGACGUGACAUACUACACCAAAGAUGGAUUCGCCUCAUCACCACAACUACUCCUAGAGGACGUCUCCCGUUGCCAAUUCGCUCAUAGUAGUAAGGACUUCAAACAUGACGCUCACGAAGACCUCAUCUACUGCGUCGCCUAUGACUCUUCCGCCAUGACUGGCUCGCACAACCUCGCAAGCAGUCGUCUGUACUCCAGCACAGACUUUUUUAAUGCCAAGGGUGUCGUGGCAUUUGCGAUCGUGUCCAAGUUCGCCGUAGUUGCGCUCAAGGAUUUGACGCCCGGCAGCGACGGCGAUAUGCUGUUAUAUGUUACUGUGAACAUCAAGGAAUGGGCCAAGGCACAGUUCCCACAUGCCUCCCAGGCGCGCUUGCGGGAGAAUGCAUAUACCAUCGUCGAGUCUACAGUCCACUCUCUAGCAGUUGAUGUCGUCUUGCACGACACAACAACCGUCGGUACCCUAUUUGUCAGCAACUCCAACGGCACCUACUUUGUGGAGAGCUUGACAGACACGAACAGGAACAUGGUAGGGUACGUUGACUACGAGACCAUAUAUGGCGUUGAGGGUGUCGGUAUCGCCAACGUCGUCGAUAAUGUGCAAGACGUUGAGAGGAAGAUGGUAGCCAAGAAAUUGCGGUCGGUCAUCACAUUCAAUGACGGCAGCUCAUGGGAUCCUCUGGUCGCUCCUAGUGGUACCUGCUCCUCUCAACCAUGUUCGCUGCACUUGCACUCAGUAACAGAUAUGCACAACUAUGGCCCCGUUUUCUCGUCUCCCGCCCCUGGUUUCGUCAUGGGCGUGGGUUCCGUUGGAAAGGCACUCGCGCCAUAUCAGGAGAGCAACACUUACAUGAGCACUGAUGCCGGCCUGACAUGGUCCAUGGUCCGCGAAGGCGCACAUCAAUAUGAAUUCGGCGAUUCUGGAAGUGUUAUCGUCAUCGUCGACGACGAGCAACCUACCGACUCUAUCAUGUAUUCUACGGACAUGAGCAAGAACUGGAACACGUACAAUGUCGGGAUCCAAUUUAACGCCAGGGGCCUGACGACGGUAUCAGAUUCGACGUCUCAGAAUUUCCUCCUCCUCGGCCAGGUCACGCGGCAGUCCCAACAACCCAAUCAGGGUCGCAACGUUGCCAUCUACCUUAAUUUCGCCGCCCUUGGGCGCCCAAAGUGUGGUCCCAACGACAAGGAGUCAUGGUAUGCAAGAGCCAAUUCCAAAUCAGAGUGCAUCAUGGGUGCCAAGCAAUGGUACACAAGGCGCAAGGCUGACGCAGAUUGCUACAUGGGUGAGGAGUUCCAUGAUCCGGAAGUUCAUGAUGAUAAGUGCCCAUGCGAGGAACAUGAUUAUGAGUGUGACUACAACUACGUGCGGAGCGAUGGUAAAUGUGUACCUUCGGGUCCAGAGCGCAUACCCAGCACCCAGUGUACCCUUGGGACGCCCAACGAAAAGUACAUGGGUUCAUCGGGUUAUCGCAAGAUCCCUGGGAACAAGUGUGAGGGUGGCUCUCGCAUGGACGAGCCCAUCUCCAAAGAUUGUUCCGGAGCUGAACCUGUUGAAGGAGCGAUCGUUCACCAGAUUCAUUCAUUCCCUGGUGAUGUUGUACAGAGCGAGUAUUUCAGGGACUCGAAGACCGUCCUCGUCCGUCUUACCGACCUCACAAUAUGGCAAUCGAGCAACGAGGGUUACACAUGGGAACAAAAGUUCCCAGAGGAGCGUUUCCUAGCUUUCUACAUGCACACACACAGCAACGAGCGCGCAUACCUUAUCACCAACUCCCAGAGGUUCUAUCACACAACAGACACAGGCCGCUACUGGCACACCUCCGAAGCGCCUUCGCCUCCCAACACCUUCGGGGCCCAAGUGCUUCGCUUCCAGCCCAGGACAGAGUAUCUCAUCUGGAUCGGUAAUGUGGACUGUCAAUCGGGGUACGAAAACUGUCACGCACAGGCCCAGUACACGUGGAAUAAUGGGCGGAAUUGGGAGUUGGUAGAGGACUACGUCGUUAACUGUGACUGGGCACGCGAUGAGGAGCUGCGGAUUGAUUCAUCUCAGAUCCUAUGCGAGUCGUAUGCGAACAAACAGGGCUCGCAAGUGUUUUUCGGGAGAGAUAAUGCGUUGCAGCUUGUGUCUGGGACGGACUAUUAUGCGACGAAGAAGAAGCUAUUUGACCAUGUCAUGGGGUUCACCAAGUUUUCGGAGUUUUUGAUCGUGGCUGAGUUCCUCCCGAUGAGGGGCACGCUUAACAUCCAGGUCUCACUUGAUGGACGGACGUUUGCUUCUGGGAGCUUCCCUCCUGGCAUGCAUCCAGAUUCUCACGCAUACACUAUCCUCGAGUCAAGCACUAAAUCCAUCUUCCUACACAUGACCAUGAAUGAAGUGCCAACGCCAUGGGGCAACAUCCUCAAAUCCAACUCUAACGGAACUUACUUUGGGCUGUCUCUCGAGAACGUGAAUAGGAAUAAUGACGGCUUUGUCGACUUUGAAAAAUUCGUGGGGUUGGAUGGCAUUGCGAUGGCUAACAUAGUGGCCAAUCCUGCAGAGGCUGCACUCACUGGACGUAAGGCUCUGCAGACGAGGAUCACGCAUAAUGACGGUGGCACCUGGAAGUCGCUUCUACCCCCUUCAGUAGAUUCGCUGGGUAUGAGGUACCCUUGUACAUCAGUGAGCUGUGCACUCCACGUUCAUGGGUAUACAGAGCGCUUCGACGCCCGGGCGACAUAUAGCAGCCCAUCCGUCGUCGGCGUAGAGAGCGAUACCUUCCUAUCCCGGGAUGGCGGAUUCACGUGGGAAGAAGUGCACAAGGACGCCCAUCUCUGGGAGUUCGGUGACUCGGGGUCUGUCAUCGUGAUCGUGAACGACGAGGAGCCGACGGACCAUGUCCUGUUUACCACAGAUGAGGGUCUCACUUGGCGAGAAUUCCAGUUUACGACUGAGAAGAUCAGAGUGAGGGAUAUUAUGACGUUUAUGCUCCUGGGUCGUUAUUCCGCGACGGGUGGCUCGGUGAUCGUGCACUUAGACUUCUCAUCUCUCACGCAUAAAAAAUGCCUUGUGGAUGUAGAAAAUCCUGGACACGAUGACUUUGAGUUGUGGAGCCCCAGCGAGGAAAGAGACUCGCUUUGCUUGUUCGGUCGACAGACGCUCUACCAUCGCCGCAAACGGGAUGUGAACUGUGUUGUUGGAGACACGCCCAAGGCCCUAAACAACAUUGUGCGGAACUGCACAUGUACGUCGGAGGACUUUGAAUGCGAAUUCAACCAUGUCCGCAACGGGGAAGGCGAAUGCGUUCUUGUUCCGGGGACAAGUUCACUACUGUCAGAUGAUUCAUGCCGCAAUGGAGAAGACUAUUGGUAUGAACGCACGGCGUACCGCAAGGUGCACUACUCCACUUGUGAGGGUGGCGACCGCAUAGACCGAGGCAAUAAACACCUGUGCCCUGGCAUUAACGGCCACAGCGCGAUGUUCUGGAUGAUGGUGAUUCUCUUCCCCUUUGCGAUCACAGCGCUUGUUGCAUGGUGGUGGUACAGCAAGAGCGGAAUGGCGAGAGGGAUGAUCCGUUUACCCGGAGGUGACUAUUCGCAUGGAUCAGGGUCUGGUGUGAUGGCUACGCUGGCAUCUAUACCAUGGUUCCUUCUCGGGCUUUCGGGCAUCGCGUUCGAAUAUAUUGCAUCAAGCCUGGAGUCUGUAUCGAUGAACUACCGGGCAAGGCGAGGAUAUAGGGAUGUACCUGUAGACGAGGAUGCGCAGGUCUUGCAUUUCGAGGAUGAGGAAUAAGCGGGGUAGAGGUCAUACUUAGAUGAGACUGCCUCGACUAUAUAUUAAUAGCUCAUACUGUCCUUGUAGGUAGUCAUAGCCAAAUGCUGUCCUAUUAUGCUGUUUCUAUUUUUUCUGCCUAUGGGAUGCAUUUGUUCAAUGGUAUUUAAUUUAGAGCGUGAAU